GUGGUCAUCCCAAUAUAUUCCAAUGAAGUGGUUACCUAAUUUUAAAAAAAAUUCCUGUUUGGUAAUAUAUGUAUUGAAUGUGUUAACAAAUAUAAAUAUAUUACACCUUAUCCUCCUGUGGUUCAAUUCAAACUUUAAAGACACCAAAUAUAUAGAUCCACCCAUUAAAACAUUUUUUUGACCAUUUGGUAAAACCUAUUGUGAGAUAUGGAGAAUAUUUUCGGCACGCGUGCUGGAAAAAGACAAAGAUUUUAAUUAUAUUUUGAAAGAUUGAGAUGUAGAAAACUUGAAUAUCAAAUUUUGUAAACAUCUAUUGCGUGCCGGAGAAAGAAGUACUAAUAUUGCCAUAAUUUCAGAUUUAGGUUCAUAUCCCAUGUUUUGUUCAAUAAUCCAACGUAUUUUGCUAUAUUGGCAUAUACUUGAGAAUAGCCUUGAAUCAUCCCUGUUAUACAGAGAAUAUCAAUGUAAAUUCAUAUUAUUUAUAUUGUUGGUAUAUAAACGUAAGUUAUUUUUAGAAAAAAUGGCAGUUUAGUAUCCAGUUGUAAAAAUCUCAUUUUUUUCUUCAAAAAAAAACAAAACAAAGAAUCAUGUAAGAAAACAAUAUUUACUAAACUGGUCAAAAAGACGUGAAGAGAGUCAGAAAUCAGGAAAACUUAUUACAUAUUUUUUGUAUAACGAAAUUUCUAAUAUGGAAAAUUAUGUUUAUGAAAUCUCUAGAAUGAAGAAAAAAUCCUACAUAAAUUCCGAGUAAGUGCACAUGACCUAAGAAUUGAAAGAGAAAGAUAUAAAUUUGUAAAAAGCAAUACUGGUCAGAAAUUUCCUCCUCUAGAGAGAAACAAUUUAUAAGAAUAUGUUAAUUAUGCAACUUUUAAAAUUGUAUAGAAGAUGAAUUUCAUUUCCUCACCGAUUGUCCAUUCUAUCAUCUAUGUUGAAGAGAGAAAUGGGUUUUUUUUCAUGACAUAUCUAAAGUCAACAACAAUUUUAGCUAUUUAACAAAUACGGAUAAAUCUAUUUGGUUAAUAACUAAUGAAUACAAACCAGUAAUUGUCAAAUUAAGUGAAUAUCAAGUUAAAACUUUCAGGAAAAGGGAUGAUGUUAUCAAACUUCAAAAAUCGUUCUAGUUUAUUAUUGAUUUGUUGGUAUAACACGGAUAUUGUCCAUUUACUUUCGUAUACAACCGAUUUGCAAAUCAUAUGUACUUGUUUCCCCUACAACUACAUGUAGUGAAUGUUGUAAUCUUAUCUGAAAUUUGUAUCUUCAUAAACUGCCUUUGCUGGUAUGCCCUCUAGGCCUAGAAUUAGAAUAAACGUAUCUUCUCUAUCUUAUAACCCCAGUAUAAGAUCUUUGCAAAAUUGAAGUAAAAGUCACAACAGAACAAGAUGCUUUUAAUUAGACAAGGCAGUUGACAUGCAGAUUCUUUAUUUUUUUUCCUUAAGUUAUACAGCCCAUCGGUCAUAAAUACAAAAUAUUUACAAAUAUAUACAAAUAAGACAGUAGAGGGUGAGUAGACAUACAGAUACAAUUUUGAGGAUAUAAAAGCAAUGCAUUUUAACAUACAUAUAACAAUAUACGUGAAUAAUAUAUCGUAGCAAUCGAUUAAAGAAUGGUAUUUACGCUCGGAAACAUCAUCAGAAAUGUUGAGGCAAGGAAUUUCAGUGAUUUUGAAAAAGCUUUCGACAGCAUCAGGUCACAAGAAAUACCAUCACACCUCAUAAAAAGCUCCUACAAUUCCAUGUGCAAAAAGCUGAAAACAGCAACUCAUACUUCAAAACUAAUCAGGGGUCAGACAAGGCUAAGUCGUGUCCUCUAUAUUUUGUUGUAUAUACAAAAGACUGGGUCCUCUGUCAAACUACAGCUGACAUCCCUAGAAGUAUUAAACUGACGUCCCUAGAAGUAUUAAACUGACGUCCCUAGAAGUAUUAAACUGACGUCCCUAGAAGUAUUAAAUGGGGAACCUUUAUUACCCUAGAAUUUUCUCCUAUACACACCAGUACAAUAGAGAAUGCUGAUAAUUAAAAAAAACAACCAACAUAUCGGCUCAAGAUCAGCACAAUGAAAUCCGUUAGUCAGCACUGGUAUCCCGAACACCAGUCCAAAAAAUGAGAAGUUCCCUAGCACCAUGCAGGAACUGUAGUUAAAACAAGAGCAGCAUGUUGAAUAUGGAGAUCAAUCAGCCCAAUAUACCACGAAAAUUAUUAUUUAAAACACACACAUACAAACCCAACCCCUAACCCAGCCAAAACUGUGUCCUACUUGCAGAAAAAGACCACGAUGAACUGUCUGGUUCACUGAGGAUCCCAAGAAGUUUUUGGCACAUAAGGAUCUCCCAUUCUAACUAUUCAGAUGUCUUGUUUAAGAUAAUGGCAUAGAUAGGACAUGCACCCUAAAUGAUGCAGUCGACAUAAUUAAAACAGCUCUGCGCUGGACUCCUGAUGGAAAAACUUGCGGUAGAAGUUGAAGAAGAAAUGAUUGAUCGAUUGUUGUUUAACGUCCCUCUCGAGAAUUUUUCACUCAUAUGUAGACGUCACCAUUGCCAGUGAAGGGCUGCAAAAUUUAGGCCUAUGCUCAUGCUCGGCACUUACGGUCUUUGAGCACCGAGGGUUCUUUAUUGUGCCACACAUGGAGCCUCGGUUUUGUGGGCUCAUCCAAAGGACCGCCUCUUUUAGUCGUACCUUUUACGACAAGCAAGGGGUACUGAGGACCUAUUGUAACCCGGAUCCCUACCGGAACUGACCUCCACAGAAGCAACUGGAACCUUCUACUAAACAAAGCAAAAGACCAAAGGCGAUAUAUAGUGUUGUUGCAUCACACCCCAGAUGCCAGGAUUUAAUUAUAACUAUAUAAGCAACGACUUAAAAAAACAAAUCAUAACCAAUUUUAAUGUGGAUAUAAGCGUUAAACAUUUAGUUGAUGACAUGCAUCGUGUAAAUAUAAUGCAAUAAUUAAUAUGCUUUUUUAAAAAUCGUGCAAUUUGUCUGCAACACAAUCGAUUUAAAAUAAAGAUUUAAUCAAUGUCUCGGGAUGUACAGACAUUUUCUGAAUAUCAAUACGAAUAUUCAUUAAACAGUACAUUUGAGUUCAUAAUAAUGCAAGUACAAAUAAAUGUAAAUAGAUCUGCAAGCUCACGUAUAAAGUUCGGGGUUUUCUUUCUUUCUGUUUUAGACUCCGUAGUGAGUCAUGAACUACAAACUAUUUAUAGAAAAUCAAUGAGGUAAACCCACUGCAUCAAAGGUUACCGCUCAGGUCAACCUCGUACUGCGCAUCCUCUGUUUACAUCACCAGAAUUUAAAAUAGUGGCGGAGAAAUAUACGUGUUGGAGGCUGAUCAGCUGAUGUACAAUUAAAUUUACAUUGUACAUAUAAUGCACAAUAUAAAGGUAUGGUUUAUUUUGCUUUGUACUGUAAUCUCACCUUUGUGAUGUUAAAUGCCGGCAGGUGCGCGGUGACUCAUACUGAGUCCAAACAUAUGCAUCUACAUGUAUUUAUCUCGUCUCCCAUUUUCUUAAACGACCUCACUCACUGCAAACUCCUAAAAAUAUUUCAGUUGGUGUUGUUUUUUUUAAAAUAUAUAUAUAUAAAAAUUCUAAAUCAAAGAAUGAAUGUUGUGAAAAUGACUUAAGUUUUAAAAAACGUAUAUGAUAUCCUAUUUAAUAUGCUAACAUGUUAUAAACUAAAAUCAUAUCACGAUAGUUUGAUUAGAGCAAUAGUUUAAUUAGAACAUUAAUUCCUUUGUUGGAAAAAAAAAAUCAUUAAAUAAACUAAUCAAUAGAGCUUUCAAAAUAAUUAGAGUUAUCCUUCUUUCACUUUGUUCAUCAUUGUUUAAAAUAUGUUGUAGCUAUCAGUCGUAACCAUCGCUUCACCCGGCAUUUCAUAUACAUAAUAUUUAUCUAUCUAGGUGUAGUUUUACCCUAAGCAACAUGUAAAUCAGUAACAUCAAACGUGAAAUAUUGAUCAGAACGUUGCGAGACAGGAAUGAUCUAUAAUUAAAUGAGGGAAACAUUACGCCCAAGCCAUCAUCACGACAAUCGAUUUUUAGUUUGGAAAUUUUCUAGAACAGAGAAAUAAUUUCCUAUUCACCAUGCGCAACAACAAAAGAGAACCCGAAGCAGAAUGGCGAUGUGAAACGAUAAAAUACAGUAAUAUUACGUAACUGUGAAGCAGUAAAUGUUACGAGACUUAGACUCUUGUUUCUAAAAUCAAAAAUAUCUUAGAAACAAUCAAGUUCCUAUUAUAUGUAAAGUGAGCUGUCACAUUCAGUUGAUCUUGAACCUUUCGUUCGAGUCAGUUAUUAGUUUGUUGCAAUAGAUCCUUACUGGGUUUUUCUUCUUCUCUUUUUCUUAGUAAUAUAAAACAGUGCACAUGUAUUGAACAAUGAAUCAGGUCGAUACAAACACAAAGUCACUCCAUGGUUUUGAUAUUACAUCAUCACCACAAUCCCGGGCUGUUCUAGCAGACUACUCAAACAGAAAGUGCAUCCAAUACCGGCCUAACAAAAGAACGGUGAAACAGAACGAUUCUCAUUAUGGAUGGAAAGAUAAAAUCAACACAAAAGAUUACAUAGAAUUACGAUCUACAAAUUACUUCCAACGUCCAAAGUGCGAUUCUGAUAAGGACUCGCGACCUUACCAGACCACGGCAGACGAUAACUCUCCUGGAGAAAAUAAAGACUUCAUUAGUCCUUUCUCUGGAGACAAGGCCACACCGAAGUUGGAUUUUGAUGGAUUUCUGUGUAAAGAAGGGAGUGCUGAUGAAACUAAAUUAUCUCUUACGAAAUCGCUGAGGAGCAUCAAUACAUGUAGCGAAGAAAAGGAGAAUGUGGGAUACAGUGCGAUAAAUGACACAAUUCGCAACAAAACCAUUCAUCAUAGUUUUAUCAAAAACAAAAAUCAACAACAAUUGGGUCAGAAAAAAUUCAGUCAAACUUCGAAUUAUAAACCUUUCUUGUUUGGCGUUGUCCCGGGAACUGAAGAAGUACCCCUACUUAGAGACAGUCCAGACCAUACAAGACGGGACCUGACCAAAAGAAGUUCGAUACCCAAAUCAACAGUAUCGUGGAAAACGUCACUUCAAGCUCCAAAUAAUUCUACAUGUUCCGUCAAAAGAGAUUCCAAGAUACCGGAUAAUUCAAUUAAUUCUGCUGCUGGUGUACUUCAACAAUAUCCGAACCAUUACUCUCCAAAACAAACAGACACUCUGUCUAAACGGAGAUCAAUUCAUGGCUAUACAAUAAAGGGGAGACCGUGGAAUGAUGAAGUAAAACAUGCACAUACAUAUGCAAUAUCCCAAGGACAAAGAUAUAGACUAAAUUUAUCAAGCAAGUUACUGGAGGCUAAAAAUACCCAUCAACUUAUUGAGAAUACAAAGAACUCACUGUUGCUUAAUCCAGUACAUGGCAACAAAAAUUAUGACAAAGUUCGUGUCAGUUGUAACGGAUAUAAGACAAAACUAAUUACAUCAGAAAGCCAUGGUAAAAUAUUCACAAGGGGAAUGAGAAAAAUGAAUGAUGAAUUAGUAAAACCUAGAACAAUAGAGGAAAUAUCACCGAAGAACUUUGGAACCUUAACCAGAACACGUGGGACUGUUAAUGGCAACAGCAGAAAAGGCUCUGCAGUCUUAAAUAGCAACCCCACAGAUCAUCGUGUCCCACUCAGCAAGCUUCAGCACAACAGGCCCAUAUUGAGGACAGGAAAAGGAAGCCGUAUUGAUAAUCAGUAUAAACGUUCACCUGAAUUACCUACUUCACCUGAGAAACAUUUAAACGACAGAGAUAAAACAACAAGUCUCUCUAAGGAAGGACAAUUUACGGAUGGUGGCACGCACAGACGGACCUGGCAUUCAGGCCGCGAGGACAUUGUUCAUUACCUGACCACACACCCACGUGUAAUUAAUAACGAGACAGAUCAUCAAGGACAAAAUCUCAGGAGCAGUUCGGAACACCGGAUAGGGUCAUUCAUAUAUUGGGAAAGUGAUACACGUGUAAGCCCUGCAGGAAGUACCGAUUAUCAUUACCAUAAUGAUUCCGUUCUAUCGGGAGAUGUUGAUAGAUUAAUUAAUUGUGUCAGACACCCAUUGGAGAUUUAUGAAGAUUCGUUAAGUCCAGAUGGAGGACAUAAAGUGAAAAGUACAAGCGAGACUUGUAGUGUUAAUGAUAUUCCUAAACCACAAGGCCAUGCUUUGGAUGACUUGAACGCUAAUCAGCAUAAUGAUUCUGACAUAAACAAUAAGAAGGAUCAAAUUCUUUUGUGUCAAACUGAUUAUGAAAUAAAAGGUGCACAACACUUUAAGGAAAACACUAGUUUGACUGGAAAUGAAAUCCUGUGUCAUGGGGAUUUAAAGCGACUGCCACCAGGAAAUUAUAAUAUAAGGCAGGAUCAAGGAUUAAUAAUCAGAGUGCAGGACAAUGCGGUGGGUGGAUUACCACUGAUAAGUGAUUUUAGCAGAGGAAAUGACUUUAAGGAAGAGCGACCUUAUUGUGGAAUGAACACACAACUUGAACAGACUGGAAAUGACUCUACUGAGGUAGGCAACAGAGAACCAUCUGUUAAUGAAAACGCUAAGGAAGAGUUAUUAACAGACAAUACUGGAAGGAGAUGCAACACAAACAUAAAAACGAUCAUAGAUUUAAAUAAAACACCGCCGCGGAAGCCUGUUAUUUUACAGGAAGAAAAUAUAAAAGAUAUAUCAUCGAUCAAGAAAGAAAACAAAUCUGAAAGAAAAUCUGUAGACAAACUAGUCUGUUCGAAGGCUCAAAACCGUAACACAAAUACAAAUCACGUAACGUCUUCGAUUUCAAAGGAGUCAAGAGUGAAUCAAAAGCAAAACAGGGAAGCAAUUCGGAUACCUCCAGGAGCACCUAAAAACCGUAAUGCGGCAGGCAAAACUAACCGUGCUAACGUUUCGUCUACGUGUAAACGUCCAGGGUGCAAGCAUUUGACAUUGAUAGGUUACAAACCUGAGCAAAAGUGUUCACUUGCCAAACAUUCCCAAAGUUAUCAGAAAAGUCUAAGCUCGUUUACCUUCCCUGAAACUGCUAAUAAGGACGAGAACUUAACAUGUAACAGUUCAUCACCUGCGGGGAGUCCAUCUACCAUUUGCACCAAGGAAAAGGUUUCCGAAGAAUUGGAGAAAGUCAGUGAUAAUACCUGCUGUGAAAUUAUCACACAUGCACUCUGCAUUUCUGAAGAUUUCUCCAGACAACAGGAAUCGACUGCAGACAAUAUAAAUUCGGAUGGAUGUGUUCGCCAGAGCAAUGUGGAUGGAAGUAAAGUCAGUGAUAAAAAUGUCAAUAAAAACAAUAUAAAGCCGAUUAUCGUACCUGUCGUGGAUAUUAAUGGAUUGGCUUCACAAAGUUCACCAAAUGAGAAAAUUAAACAGUCUGGCAGUACACCAACGGAGUUGACAUUCGAUUUCGAAGAACGUGAAAAUGAGUGCAACGACAAAAAGCACGGAAACGAUAACCGCAAUAGCAUUAAGGAUCACCAGACAAAUAAUGAGAUGGAGAUUGGAUGCGAUAAUAUCUCGUAUGAUAAUAACAGAGGUCAUAAGAGGGGAGCUGAUCAGAACGGCAGUGUGCCCGAUCAUUCACAAUUACACGGUUCAAAGAAUGAAUACAAGACAAGAACGAAAGAGUUUGUAUCGAUACAGGGCAGUGCACAGCCACGGCAAGGAUCUUUACCAACAAUAGAUAGCAUGAAUCAACAAUUGGACGCAGAACAAAACCAACAUAGCACAGUGAAAGACAUAUCACCCGAUAAUGAACACAAGAGAACAAAAACAAAGGAUGAAAGAACCAUUAACUUAAAAUCGGGUAAGGCAAACACAGCUAGUCUUAUCAUCAAAGAUACUGGUAUACAGUUAAAAGAUGACAAGGAAUCAUUGACAAACAAACGCAAAAGCUGUAGACAAACUAUCAACAAACAGUCUACGAAAAGUAAAUUUGUAAACAGGCAGUCAGGAAUCGCUGUUUCAGGAGUUCCUGUACCGAAAACCAAUAAACUGACUACUACAAGAAAACCGACUGGUCAUUCAAUCAACUUGAUCAAAGGCGCUACUAAAUCUAACAGUGGGUCGAUGUGUAUAUCAUCUCCCCCAGAAAGUUGCGGUUCGUCAACUAAGACAUUCAGUGAAACCAGCAAUUCACCAAGGUCAUCAAUCGAAAGGUCAUCUGAAUCAAACCCAGACGAAAUUGACAAACUCAGUGAUAGUCAAAUACCCCAAAGUCCUAAAUUACGCAUUCAUCAGACCAAAACUUCACGCCAAAGAGCACAGAACGCUAGUCAAUGUACCAAAGACAGUCCGACAGAGUCAAAGCAAUUAGCAUUGUCUGUCUCAACUGGGAAAGAUUCAAAUGCAGAUCGCUCAAGCAAAAUAUCUCAAAAAACACCAACAAUGACAAGGAAGAAUAUUCCUAAAGAUUCCAAGUGGACCAGUUCUCACAUCCCAAGUCUUGCUCCAAAGUUGAACUCUGCUGUCGUAAGCCCUGUAUUAACUAAGCGAACAUCCAGCAGUCCCAGCGUGUCGAGGAAAUCCCCGCUAAGCCCUGCCAUGUCUAAGAAGAAAUCAACAUUGUCAUCCGCAGCUUCAAGGAGCGACAGACGGUCAUCGAGUGCAAGUCGGUCAAGCAAAGAGUCCACCCCAGAUGAUACGGUGAAAGUUUAUAAAAAACCUACAUUGCAUUUAAGAAGUCAAAAUGCAGCAGAGAAAGCAUCAACAAAGGAAACUAAAUGCAAGUCUCAAUUGACAGGGCCAUCCCUAAGGACUAGCAAGACAAAAAUUCCGUCUACAAGUACACAUCUUCAAGCAAACUCUGGACAAAAUAAACCUGUGAUAUCUGCCAAUGUUAAAACACAAAGAAAUGCUAUUCCAAUAAGAAAAGUGCAACUAACUUCGUCAAUCAAAACUCCAGAUAAUAGUCCUAACACGACAAGGAAGACUGUUAAAACACAGGAGGGACUUCCUCAUAAAUCUAACGAACACAAUCCAACUAGUUAUAUAGUCAAGGCACGAUCUACAAAGGAGAAUCAACCUCAUCCUGCGAAAGAAAUGUGCGAAAAAGAUAAACCCAACCACGAGUCCAUGGAACCAGAUACAAAAUUAGCUACAACUAAACUUAGGAAAAUACAGUCAACUCCUAACGACGGACAUUGUGAACAAUCGUGCAAAACAGUUACUCAGACUUCGCAAGGAAAAUCGCCCAGCCCGGCUAGAAAAACUAAAAACAUUAUUAGUCCUCGAGUUGAACGAAAAUCCACUACGAAAAGUCCUAUCGCAAAUAGAAAGCCUGCAAACGACUGCAUAACAGGGAGUCCCAAAUUGCGUGAAAAACUACAAGGAAAAUCAAUGUUGCCCAAAACACUUAAACGUCCACCGAAAGCUGUUGGAAACAGUAGCACUUUAAAAAUAGAAUGCAGCGGAAAUACUGAAGCAUGUACAAAGGAUAGCAUCUUAACUAGGAAGACAGCGACCGGUUUGGUCAGCCAAGGUACUAAAAAUCAGAAAACUAUCCCCAAAGCAAAAAUCGCGAAUGUUCAAAAUGUAUCAGCCAUGAGCCCUACCUUGACAUCAAAACGAGUAUCAUCAACGUCCAUUCCAACAACUACACAGCCAAAAUCUGAGUCCGGACAGCCUAUGAAGAAAUCUAAUCUUACAAAAUCAAACAUUGGAGCCAAGACAAAUAUUCCCGCUCCCCGUACAUCCACCCCUAUACUUCAUAAUUCUUCAAUCCUCCCAAGGAAAAAGUUAUCGACAACAAAAACAACUUCUUCAAAAAACAAUAUAAAGCCAGCCAGUGAUAUUAAGAUAAAAACAGAUAGGAAGGAAACGGGGGGAACUAUUUCAAGUAAAAAUGAUAAAAUCAAACGCAUGAGAAAUGAAAUAGCGAACAAAGAAGGAACUGCAACAUCCUCAUAUUUAUCUAGUAAAUCACGAAACAUAAACCCUCAAAAACUGGAAAACAUAGAAACAUCAGAUGAAAACAGGUGCAUUCUAUCAAUGGCAGUGGACGGUUAUAGAGAAACCAAAAUCUCGAUUUCAUCAAAUGAUCCAACUCAGAGAUGCACAACUGACAACAGUCAAAUAUCCACAGACGUAAUCGAAGGAAAAAAGAAAUGCGAGGGAAUCGUGUCCAUUAAUUCAUCAAGUACUUUAGAAACCAAUUCUGGACAAAAAAUCAAUGAAGCUAAUAAGACUCGAAACAUUUCUACGUCCAGUGAAGAAUUCUGGUCCGCUAGUGACGACGAAAGUUUGGGAAACAUAUCAUCCAGAGAUAUAACAUAUUCCAAUAAAACACAAUGUGUUGGACCGUCGCAAACUUCUUAUCAAGUACUGGAUCUGGGAAAUAUAUCAGAAAACACUCUAGAGGAAUCAAGUGUGGCAAAAUUCAAAGAAAAUGAAGAAAAUAAUUUCAAUAAGGAUCAUGGAGAACCAUCGCCAGUAUUAGUGCCACAUGAUUAUAUCACUGAAACAGAAGCACCCACCGUACAGAGUAAUGAAGAAAUGGCAAUGCGAUUACCUGCAAUAAAGCAAUUAAGAGAAAGUCAACAAUGCAAUUACCAUGUGCAAGUUGCAGGCGACCGUGAAACUAACCUAAAAUUUAACAGCAAAUCGGACGACAGCGACCAUGCAAUUGCAAAAACAAUACCACUACUUGGAAAUGAUGUACACAAAGAUUCCACUGAUUUAAUACCUUCAAAUAUUACUCAUCCACUGAAUCGUGAGCUUGAUCGUGAAGUCUUGACUGUAAAUAGUGUGCGACUGUGUAAAACAGAUAAGAACCAAUAUGUGUCUACAGAUAUUGAAACAAAAUUGCCGGAGCUCACAAAUUUAAGGGAUUAUUUUGAUGAAAGAAAUGAUAACUCAAAGCUCCAAAUAAAUGAAGGCAGCAAGGGGGCUUCACAGCUAGUGCAACUUAAAAAGUCUUUUGGCAAUGAUCAUUCAAAAAAUACUAUGGAUAAUCUACCCAACUUAUCAUCUGAAAACUGUGUUUCCGCACAGCAAGGAACCCAGGAUGGUUUAUGUAGUUCAAAUAAUGAAACAUCGGAUCAGAAGUUCAGUUCUGACUUUUUAACACUUGAGAAAACACUUACUUCAGCCAGUGAAGUGAAAAAAACCAUCACCUUAGAAAAUGUUGCACCAAGUUGCAUAGAAAGUACAUCUGAUUUUGGACCCCAAGUGGAGGAUUACGAUAAAAAAUUAAAUUCCUAUCAAAAUGCUGAUAACUGCACAUCGGGGGAAACUCUUUCUGCAAGUGAACCAAAUCCCACGAACCAAAAUAUUUCAAAUUUAAGCGAUGAAACGAGGACAGACUUGGAAUCAGAGAGUUCAGAUACUUCGGAUCAAGAGGGAUUUGAAUCUUUUGAUUCGGACGACGGGGACUCUAUAAUGGAAAAUGGAAAUUGUAAUAUCAAAUUCCCUACGGAUGACAAGACUAUUACUGCGUACACAAACAACAACAUGGAAAUACAAAGAGGUCCCACCAGGAGAAUCACACGACAGCGGAGGAUAAUCACGCGCAGUGAACUGUCGGUGCGAUACGAGACCAUAACCACAAAAAUUUUGAGUCCUGAGGAACGUGAAUGUUCUCAAGAAACUUCGGAAACACGUGCAUCCGAACUGUCUGUCAAAGCAAACGAAAUUUCUCAAUCAAGCAGCUGUGUUGUAAAACCAAGUUGCGAUGGCCAAGUUGCUUCACAUACAGUUUUCAGCAGAGAGAACGGGGAUUUCAUAAAUGAUGAGAAACCUGAGAGUGAUCAUCGCAUUAUAAAUAAAGCGUCAUACUUCCGUGAUGUACAAGGUACAGGUUUGAAUACAACUCUAACAGAGAAGGAAGGUGGGAAUUUAGAUCAAUAUGCACAAAAUAAUAAAAACUUAAAUCGUCAGGAAGUAAUAACACAUUGUGAGACAACAGCAGAGAGUGACACACAGAAUGUGUUUGCUAGUUUUGUUCUUGAAGACAAGAUUGGUCAGUCAGUGCCAAAAUAUUCAUCGAAUCGACUUUCGGAUGUUAACAUAGUACUGAAACUGCAACCAGAAGGGGACUGGCCAACCACUCAAGGGGAUUCCAACCAAAAUACAGGUAACAUUGAACAUGAAGUGAACUUAACGUUGAAUUUAAAUCCAGAGGAUCAAAACAAUGUUUCCGAUUCUUUAACUACCUACGUGACAAAAUCCAGCUCAUGUGAAUCUGCCAAUUCUGAAGAUAUAAAACUGUGCAGAAUAUCCACGGGAGAUAACGGUAGCGAUUACAGCAAAAGUGAAUCAACUACUGUAGAGAUAACUGGUGUCAACGAGUUUCAAAAUAAGCAAAGUGGGAUUAAGACUCAAGUUCACGACUUCCCUACCGCGCACGUUUCGAAUCGAACCAAUUCAGAUGGAUUAUCUGAUAAUAAAAAUCAUUCCGAGAGCGAUGUCCAGAAUUGCAAUGUAACAGGUGAUAUACUUCUAGACAAUCUGGAAAACCUGCAAUACAAAAAUGAAACAUCCAUUAGAGGUACAAGCAAUCAUGAACAAGUCAAUGAUGAUAAAAUUCCAACUAGCUUUGCAACAUGUCACAUAGAAAAUAAGUUUGAAACAAGAACAUUGCCCAAAUGUAAUGACAUUGAUGGUGAGGAGUGUAAUCAUGUAAGUGAUGUUGCUGAUACACAAUCACCAUCUGUAACAGAUUUAGGCUGCAGUGCAUUACCUGGAGGUAUGUCAAGCACUAAUCAAGUUAAGACAACUGAAUCUGUACAAACAAAACCUGAACACAAGGACAAAUUUCCUGCACAGUCAACAGACAAUGUGCAAGAUCUGAUAACUGUUUCAAACAGCAGAGAAACUCGUAUGAAGAAUGACAUGCAAACUGCGCUUAAAAAGGAGCGUGAUAGGCAAGGAAUUAGGAGAUUUACCGCCACAGUUUGUUUACAAGACGUCCAAGAAAGCCAUGCUGAAAACAGGAACAAGUUCAGGUCAAGAAGUAAAAGUCCAAUAGGACUCAAAAAGGAAGAUGGGGUUGAAAGUAAACAAGGUGUUUCUUGUACCGAGGUCAAUCGUGUGUCUGAAAUACGACGAACUUUUCUGGGCAAAGCUGCAAAAAUCAACAUUCCUGAACCUAAAAUCGAGCGGAACAAACCAGUGUCUCUUUCCACACAAUUGAACUCUAGGAAUUCAAAAUGGGUUAAUGCAUGUGGCAAAUGGAAAAGAAUUCCAGUAGACGACGCUGGGAAUCUGCUUCAAGGUUAUUUCAUCCCUGAAACGGUUCCUGUGUCUUCAAGUACACUGUCUGACAUAAAAGAGGUAACUAAUGAAGACAAAAGUAAAUUAGAAUCGAACCAAAAUGAAGAGCAGACAGUCCGAUUCUCUGACAAGAGGGCCAUGUUUGAGAAACCCAAAUCCAAACAGCCUCCUAAGGUGUUGCCAAAGCCUUCUGAAGCCAAAAGGAGGACUGUUGUCUCCUGUCUUCAACAAUGGAAGGGUCGUGUUGCCGACAGAAGGAGUAAAGAAUUUGACGACAAAUUUGACCCUACAAAGGAUAGAAAAGAAUCGCCAAUAAGCGAACAACCAAAGAAUCAAAGCGAAAACGUCAGUAAUACAAAUAUAGGAACUUGCGAAUUAUUUUGCCAUUUGGAAAGUAAAGAAGUUGCCAAACCUGUAUGUGUGGAAAAAACAAAUCUUCAAAAUUCGUUAGGCAAGUCGAGCGAAAAAAUGAAAAGGGGGAAUGGGUAUGAUAAUGAGAAAACAUGCACUAAUAUUUCAGCACCGAUAGCUAUUUCAGAAAACGUUAUGAAAGAAGAAAUAGCUGAGAAACACUGGCAUAUUGACCAACUUCAUGAUCAGAUGAAUGAAUAUAGAUCUUCAGAAAAUAAAGAGAAAAGCAAGGUUGAGAACAAUUACAGUGAUAUACCUUUGAUUGACGCUGAAACAAUUGAUGACUUGGGUACAGAACAAGAAGAAAACAAAGAAUUUCAUGAAAAGGCAAAACCAGAUGUUGACCCUUGUGUGCUGGAAGAAACUGGGGAAACUUUUUUAAUGCGAAGGGAUAAAGUAAUUUCAAGAAGAAAAGAAAUGCAUUCUGUUCGAGCUGCAGGUGUAUGGGAUGCUGUCAUUGAUAAUGAAAGAAUACAAUCUUCCAAAGAUACAGCUUGUAAUGAUUUAGAAGACAGUGAUGAUACUACACCUACAAACACACCAAAAACCCGUAAAACAUUUGUAAACCAAGACAAUAUUGACCAUGACAGUGGACCAAGUGAACCACAUGUUACACCAAAAUUAAAAGCAGUGAAGAUAAAGCAAGAAAUGUUUCCCCUUGAAGGAUCGCAAGAAAACGUUAAAUCUGUGACCGAUUCCCUAAAGGAGUCGUUGAAAACUUUAAACAACAGAGAAAACAAACAGGGUAAUGUGAAAUUCUAUAUGGAUGAUUCCGACGACGACCAUCUCGAUGAACAACCAAAUGUAGAAUGUCAGUUUGAGAAGAAAAUUCUUUAUUCACCAUCUUUAUUUGGGAAUUACAAAAAUUAUCAGAACCAGAAGCAUUCCAAUGUUGGAUUACACAGAAACAAUGGAGAGUACUCCGAAAAAUGCUACAUUUCUAGACAAAGUGAUGAGCUGCUGUCAGAGAUUACAGAGCAUGAAAAAGGCAAUGGAAAUGAUGGAGAAUCAAACUUAAACAAGAAAGGACAAAGUAGUGAUUCCUGUCUGAACCCAGUGAAAGAUAAAAAGACCACAGUGUCUAAUCCUGUGUCACAGAGAAAUGUUUACAAUAGGAGUCAAAGCCUCCCCACAACUUCACUCUCUAACACUGCUCAACACAGGAUCAUCUACAGAAAUGGGCACUUUGUGAUAGAGACUGAUUACGAAAAUCGAGAUGGCGAAGCGUUUGAGGAGCUAGAGGAGGACCUCUCUCUGGAAUCAGUUGAGGAUGCAGAACAGUUAAAAACCCAAUUCAACAGUGGUCGGUCAUAUUCGGAAGCUAAUUUGACAGACAGUUUUCAUUCCCAUACUUCUACUCUCUAUGAUGAUGACGAGGACAUUGAUGUUUUUAUGAGGAAUGAGAAUGAUGUGACUGUGAUUGAAAACAAUAAUGAUGGUUCUUCACCCAACUGGCAUGUGCUGGUGAAACGUCGAACGAAGCAAGAGGGCCAUGAUAGUGAGAAUAGAAAGUCACGGCCCUUAUCUGUGGAUGAGAGUCAAUUACAGACCAGUAGAAUGGAAUCUGAUGCUGAUGAACAGUCCAGUACGAUGAAGGAAAGAAAGAGACCCAGUGAAAAUGUGAAACGAAGGAGUGCCAGUUUCAGGGAGUUAGGGACUGCAAAGUUACAGAGAAAUUCAAGUUUCAGGAAAGCCCAGGAGAGGGGGUAUCCCCAUUCUAUGACAGGUGCUGGGAGAAAUGAUAGUGUUGGGAAUUUAUCUCUGACUCCAUCUGAGUAUUCAAUGUGUAGUGAUUCUGGGAGAAGCAAAGGAUCGGGGUUCUUUCAUAAAGUGUUCAAAAAGAAUAAACCCAGUGAGAAAUAUACGGAUCCUAACAAAAACAAAGAUUCUGGCAGUAGAAAAAUGUCUUUGAAAGGAUUAUUUACCAAAAAGAGUAAAGGAGAAUUUGUGUCUCAGAGAAGUAUUGAUGAACUUAUUUCACCACCAAUCGCAGUGUUCCAAGGUGAUAUGGAUAUUCACGUCGAUUCUGCUCCUAAUUCGCCUUAUUCUAGUCAGUUCAGAAGAAGACAUACAUCAGCAGAAAUAUAUGAUGGCAAAGCCCAUAGUCUUCCCAGAAAACCGGCAGACUAUCAGAAAUCUUUUAAACUCACCAAUGAAAACAGCUCCAGUUCCAGAUUACUUGCUGUCCAAAACCUGGACAACCAUCCAAAAAGGCCAAUAAGUCCCAAACCUAACAAUGUGCUAAUACCUCGCAGGAACUCGAAUGUUAGUCUCCCUAGCUCACCCGUCAGAGAUCAAUAUGACGGACCAUUCAAAACAUCCAUGUCCAAAUUAGACUCAGAUUCUGCAUCCAUAUGUUCUGGUGGCAGCUCUAUAGUAGAUGCAUCACGGUACCCACCUCAUAUCCCAGAGAGCGAGAUGACGCCCAGCAACAGCAACGACAGCGGAAUCCAGAGAGACGUCAGUUUCCACUCCAGUAGUGAGUCAGUUAAGACAGCACAGGAUUCUACUGCGAAUGUGGUGCGAAGGCGUAAAUCCCCGUCUCCCCGACCUGAACGACCCAAGUCAGAAAUCAGUGUCCGAUGGGCAGAUCUCGAAGAAUCAAGGGAGAUUACUCCAGUCAAACGAAGGGAAUCAUCUCGAAGAAGUAAACAGAGACCUAAGUCAGACCUAGAGGACAAUAUCCAGUUGUUUGAUGAAAUGUACGAGGAAGUUAUAGACGACUAUGAUUUUCUGACAGGUAGUGGUAGUUCCAUUGGAGAGGACGAUAUGAAACCAUAUGGAAGUCACUUAUGCUUGCUACCCUACAGUUCUCUACAAAAUCUGGAGAAAUUGGGACAGAUUUACAGUUAUGACCAAAAACCGAGCAUGAGACGAAAAAAAAAUUUGGUAAAACAGAUGUCUACACCUCACCCAAUCAAGACACGUCUGGAGCGAACCCCACGGAAGCAGAGGAGAAAGACCCCGCUAGUGCGGUCCCACAGCAUGCCUGAGAGUCUCGACAAGCUUGGCAAGAGAAAGAAGUUCCUCAGCACUAUAGCUUCGUCAAACCUGCACAGGGAAGACAUGCUAUGUCACUACGACAACGACAGCAGUAGUGAUGAGGGCUCGGAAUUUUCCACAGACCAAAUCAGUCUCCACGAAAAAAGUCUCACAUCACGCCUCAAUGCCAACUAUUUGUCCACACUACGAGAGAGACCAGAGCCAGAGACCCUUACAUAUGCUGAAGCAUUAUGGGACCACAUCACCAUGGAUCCUGAGGAGCUGGGAUUCCGAGCAGGUGAUGUCAUAGAAGUGGCGGAUAUGUCCGAUAAAGACUGGUGGUGGGGCGCCAUAGACGACCGAGAAGGCUGGUUCCCUGCUACGUUUGUCAGAUUACGUGUGAACCAGGAGCACUCGGAUCUCGGCCUUCAUGCAGAAGACAUCUUGGAACAUUCCAGUCCUGUGAACAGGAGAAUCAGUGUUAUCAACACGGACCAGGCCAGGGCAAAUGUGGUCAAUGAAAUUAUCAACGCAGAGAGAGAAUAUGUCAAACAUCUCAAAGAUGUUGAAGAGGGCUACAUAAGGCAUGCAAGGAAGAGAGAAGACAUGUUUUCUGAGGAUAGAAUAUCUGUGAUAUUUGGCAAUAUGGAGGACAUAUAUGAAUUUUCUCAAAAGUUUCUGGAGUCAAUAGAAAACUCCUUUGUGAUAGACAACCCACACCAGAGUCAAUUAGGACAUUGUUUCUUGGAGUGUAGUAUGGAGUUUGAGAUCUACUCUGAUUACUGUAACAACCAUCCUUCUGCUUCCGGGGAGCUCAAAGAUCUCUACAGAAACAAAAAAUACAGACAUUUCUUUGAGGCUUGUCGAUUAUUGCAAGAAAUGAUUGAAAUACCAUUGGAAGGAUUUUUAUUAACCCCCGUUCAAAAGAUCUGUAAAUAUCCCCUCCAACUGAACGAACUUUUAAAAUAUACCCCUGUCACCCAUCCCGACCAUGAGCCUAUAAAGGGUGCUCUUGAUGCCAUGAAGAAGAUAGCUACCCUGAUCAAUGAACGCAAACGCAAGAUGGAAAGUAUAGAGAAACUGGCGUACUGGCAGACGACUGUGGAGGACUGGCAGGGACCUGACCUCCUAGAGGAUAGUUCUGAAUUGAUAUUCGCUGGAGAGAUGAACAAAGUCAAUUCUGCUGGCUGGUCACAGGAGCGCAACUUUUUCCUGUUUGAUCAUCAGUUAGUUUAUUGUAAAAAGGAUCUAUUGAAGAAGAAUGGGUACAGCUAUAAGGGAAGAAUAGAUCUAGAUGACAGUGAAAUUCUGGAUGUUGAGGAUGGCAAAGAUACCCAGUAUAAUGUCACCGUGAAAAAUGCUUGGAAAAUUCACGAAGUUUCCCGAGAAAAAUGGUAUCUCCUGGUGGCACGCAGCACCUCUGAGAAGGAGAAAUGGAUGAAAGCAUUUGCCAACGAGCGCAAACGGGUUAAAGAAGACCAGGAAAAUAAUUUUGUUCCUCUCUACUGGAAAAGGAUGGUUCUGAAUAAGAUUAAAACCAGUCAAGAAAAACUUAGGGCAGGAGGCCAGAUUAAUUAUGAGAAGGACUUUGUUCGUGGGAUGCCCUCCCAUGCCACAUUACCUCGAUCGUAUGGUAAAAAAAUCCAGAAAAAGAAGGGCUGGUUUGGAUUUGGAAACAAAAAAACCAAGUGAUCUGAUUGUGUAAACUAUUGUGUUCAUAAGUAACAGUGAAAAUCUCCCAUAAUUCACUGAAUAUGAGUCCAUGUGUACAGGACUGUGUGUAUUCUCGUCAGUUACCCAGGGAGUUGUGAAAUUCCCUAAUGUAUACAGCUGAAUUCAAGGAUAUCAUUCAAGAUAAACAGAAUGAAAUCUACAUGAUAUCAAAAUUCACACAUGUGACUGACGCAGACAUAGAAGGACAGGCCAGGUCUCCAAGUGACUUCCCACUGCCACAGAAAUACAAGUUUGUUUGGAGAUUAAAUGUGUCUGUGUGUGUGAUUAUGAAUAUAGACAUGUGGUGUGAUUGGACUAUGUGAUAUCCAGUUUUACAUGUAAUGUACUGUAUAUUUAUUUCCUGUGUACCUUUAUGAAAGAUGAUCUUGAUAUGAUAAAAUCUCAUGGAGUUCAUAUUUCUACCAUAUGAUAAUUGUGUGCCACCAGUCUUUCCAUUCUUUCUACUGUGUAUGAACUAAUCCCUGUUCACAUGGUAUCAUGGACAACACACAGAAAAUAUGAUGGUGCUAUAUCAAACACUACUGACCAACCGGAAGGUAGAAGGAAUCGCUUGUGUAUUGCCUUUAUCAUAUUUUAUGGUCACUUCAACUUUUCGUCACUUGGAAGUUCCAUAAAAUACACCCUCACUAGAUCUGUAAGUUGGCCCAUUUCAUUUCCCAUGGCUUCAUACCAUCUCUUUAUUUUUUCGAAUGUCAUGAUUUGUAUAUUUUUGGUACAAUAUUGUGAUGACCAAAAGGGAUGUAUUUACUGGCUUUUUUUCACAAACAGGGGGCCAAUACUUCUCGGUUUAUAGCUGAUUUUUCAUCUUCCCUGUUCCACCGUAUGUACAAAAACAGACUAUUCACCAACAGGGGGCCAAAUACUUCUAGCGUUCAUGGCUGAUAUUUUAUUUUCCUUGGUCAACUGUUGUAUAUUUAUUUUACAUGUCCAAUGCAUCAUAUUUGACAGUGUAAAUUUCACCAUUCAUUUUGUGGUAAUAUGGCCUUUAUGAAGGAGUAUGUUUGAUUUUACACAUGUACUCCUUUAUGAACAAAAGGUAUGCCACUGUAUGUAAACCUAAGAUACAAUCCCACCUGAUAUUCUGUACAUUUUUUGUCAGAUUAUUCUAGUCAAUAUUGUAGAUUUUGAUACGGAUGUGUAUAUACUUCUGCAAAUUGACAACUAAUAGUGCUUAGGUAGGUUGAUAAUUCAUCAUAUCUACUUAGUCUUCAUGAAGACAUGGAUCUAACUAUUUGUAAUGUGAAUUGAUAUAAAACUGCUGAUAGAGCAGAAAAAUUAAACUAUAAAACCUUU